ACAAGGGCAAAACCCUAUAUUGCUGAAGCUACUAGGAUUCGAAUAUCUCAAAUACUCCAGAACUUUCGUGUCGCCAAAGAUGAUGUGUAUACGUUUGAAGCCAAUCUGUCGAAUCAUGAACGUGCUGUGGUGCAUGAGGUUUGCAGGAAAAUGGGUAUGAUAUCCAAAAGUUCUGGACGUGGGAAGCAGCGACGUGUUUCUGUUUAUAAAGCUAAAAAAGAUGCGGAGAAAGUGAAGGAGAGGGACAAUCGAACUUCAUUGAUGUUUUCAGAAGAGUCAAAAGUGGUUUUGCAAGAUUUAUUUACACACUACCCACCUGAUGAUGGAGAGUCUGGAGAGAAAUUAGUUGCAAAACAUGAUGGGAAGAACAAUAAAAAACGAGGAAAAAGAGAUGAUAUUUUCUGCAAGCCUCCGAUGAACAAGGCAGAAAUUGCAAAGAAGGUGGAAUUGCUUGCAUCUAUGAUAGAGAAGGAUGCAAACUUGAGACAGGUCACUAAACAGAGGUCAAAUCUUCCAAUUGCAUCCUUCAAGAAUAUCAUCACUUCCACAAUAGAAUCUAACCAGGUUGUCCUCAUUUGUGGUGAAACAGGGUGUGGAAAGACAACACAGGUCCCGCAAUAUCUGUUAGACCAUAUGUGGGGUAAGGGUGAUGCAUGUAAAAUAGUGUGUACUCAACCCAGACGUAUCUCUGCAACAUCAGUUGCUGAGAGAAUAUCUUAUGAAAGAGGAGAAAAUGUUGGAGAAAAUAUUGGAUACAAGAUCCGGCUGGAAAGUAAAGGUGGGAAGCACUCUUCAAUUGUGUUCUGCACAAAUGGGGUUCUUUUGAGAUUGCUGGUCUCCAAAGGUGGUAAUAGGUUGAAGGAAGCUUCUAAUAACCCUGCAAAGGAUGAUGUUUCUGCAAUAACUCACAUUAUUGUGGAUGAAAUUCAUGAAAGGGAUCGCUACUCUGAUUUCAUGUUGGCAAUUAUGAGAGACAUGCUUCCUGUGUAUCCUCAACUUCGGCUGAUAUUAAUGAGUGCUACCCUUGACGCUGAUAGAUUUUCUCAAUAUUUUGGUGGCUGCCCAAUCAUUCGUGUCCCUGGGUUCACUCAUCCUGUAAAAAGUUUCUAUUUGGAAGAUGUACUUGCCAUCCUGAAAUCUGCAGAAAGUAAUCACCUUGACUCUGCUGCCAUAAGUGUCCCAGAUGAGGACACUGAAUUAACAGAGGAUGAUAAGAGUACUUUAGAUGAAGCCAUGAAUUUGGCUUGGUCAAAUGAUGAGUUUGAUAUGCUCCUAGAUUUUGUUUCUUCUGAAGGAGCCCCAAAGAUCUACAAUUACCAGCAUUCCUUGACUGGUCUAACACCAUUAAUGUUAUUUGCUGCAAAGGGUAGAGUGGGUAAUGUUUGCAUGCUCCUCUCUCAUGGUGCAGACUGCCAUUUAAAGGCCAAAGAUGGAACUACAGCAUUAGAGUUGGCUGAACGAGAAGAUCAGCAAGAAGUGGCUCAAAUAAUUAAAAAACACAUGGAAGUUGCCCUUUCAGACUUGAAAAAACAACACUUACUGGAUAAAUAUCUAGCAACUGUCAAUCCCGAAACUAUAGAUCUUGUUCUUUUAGAGCAGUUAGUUAGAAAAAUCUGCAAAGAUUCAGAAGAUGGAGCUAUCCUUGUUUUUCUUCCAGGGUGGGAAGAUAUAAAUAGAACUCGGGAGAGAUUACUUGCAGAUGCUUUUUUCAGAGAUAAUUCCAAAUUUGUUAUAAUAUCUCUGCAUUCUAUGGUUCCAUCGGUGGAGCAAAAGAAGGUCUUUAAACGGCCACCUCUUGGUUGUCGGAAGAUUGUUCUUUCAACCAAUAUUGCUGAAACUGCCAUUACCAUUGAUGAUGUUGUGUAUGUCAUAGAUAGUGGUCGAAUGAAAGAAAAAAGUUAUGAUCCUUACAAUAAUGUAUCAACUCUUCAGUCUUCUUGGGUUUCAAAAGCAAGUGCAAAGCAGAGAGAGGGCCGUGCAGGCCGCUGUCAGCCUGGAAUCUGUUAUCAUCUUUAUUCUAAACUCCGAGCGGCUUCUUUGCCUGAUUUUCAGGUUCCUGAAAUUAAGAGAAUGCCAAUUGAGGAACUUUGUUUGCAGGUGAAGUUGCUUGAUCCAAAUUGCAAAAUCAAAGAUUUCUNAGGUGUAAAGUUGAAGGGAACUUGUUGUACGGGAAAUGAAGUAAAAGGGUUUGGUACCUUUGCAAAGGGUAAAAACAACACUCUCAGGACUCUUGGCGUGGAGGAAACCACCUCAAUCAGGGGUUAUGUAGAGAGAGAUGGAUUUUCAGAGUUUUGUAUGGGGCUGAACCUUGGGCCUUCCCACCCUGUUUGUUAG